UUGCUUCCGUCACUUCAAGUUUUCACUAGAAUCAGUGGACACGUUACUACAGCGUUCAACUUCAAGUCGACUAAAUAGCCUUUUUAGUCACAAAAAUCAUCAUUCCUUCGACAGGAUAUCAUUCCAGACAAGUUCAGUUAUGAGUCAUGUGGCCCAUGGUAACAACCAGAGUCUAGACCAGCGCUUCGCUGGACUAGACUUAAACUCUGGCGUCGGUCAAUCGCCCGAUGCCGGACGAAAUCCUAAUCAACCAACGCAGCAGCGAUACAUUCCGCCUCAUUUAAGAGGAAAGCAGCAGUCUCAAAACUUUGUUGACCCGAGAAACUUUGGCGGCUAUGGCGGUCCUCCACGAGACCAGAACUGGGGACGAGACCCUCGAGAAGGCUGGGGUGGGAAUAGAGAUAAUUACAGUCGUGGAGGUGGAGGAGGAUACAACAGGGGAUAUGGCAGUGGUGGUGGCUAUGGAGGCGGGGGAUAUAACAAAAGAGGAGGUCGCUACUCUGGUGGCAGCAACUGGGGAUCUAGUCCUGCUGGAGAUGAUAGAGACUAUGGAUAUGGGCAGCAGCACCCGCCAGAGGACUGGUCUAAACUCCAGCCCAAGAAUGAGAGAGUUGAAAGGGAUCUUUUUGCUAGUCACAACACUGGCAUCAACUUUGAGAAGUACGAUGACAUCCCUGUAGAAGCAACUGGCCAAGAAUGCCCUAAAAAUAUUGAACUGUUUGAAGAUGUAGACCUUGGUGAGAUCCUCUUGCAUAACGUGGGGCUUGCUGGCUACAAAAAACCUACCCCAGUGCAGAAAUAUGCCAUCCCUAUUGUCAAGGGCAAGAGAGAUUUGAUGGCCUGUGCCCAGACAGGCUCUGGAAAGACCGCUGCAUUCCUCAUCCCAAUUCUUAGCAGGAUCUACAUGGAAGGGCCACCUGCUCCUCCAGAUAUCAAGCAUGCUGGUCGUCGCAGGCAAUACCCAAUCUGUCUGGUCUUGGCACCAACUCGGGAACUUGCUGUGCAGAUAUUUGAUGAAGCGAGAAAGUUUUCCUAUCGUUCUCUGUGCCGCCCAUGUGUGGUGUACGGUGGUGCUGACAUUGGUAGCCAGCUGCGUGAGCUGGACCGGAACUGCCAUCUCUUGGUUGCCACCCCUGGACGUCUAGUCGACAUGAUGGACCGUGGCCGUGUAGGCCUGGACUCUAUUAGGUUCUUGGUGCUAGAUGAGGCUGAUCGUAUGCUGGACAUGGGAUUUGAGCCCCAGAUUCGUCGCAUUGUGGACCAAGACUCCAUGCCUAAGACAGGAAUAAGGCAGACACUCAUGUUCAGCGCCACCUUCCCUAAGGAAAUCCAGAUGCUUGCAAGGGACUUCCUGGAAAACUACAUCUUCUUGGCUGUUGGCAAAGUUGGAUCAACCAGUGAAAACAUCACACAGAAAGUUGUGUGGGUAGAUGAAUUUGACAAGCGCUCAUUCCUUCUGGAUCUUCUCAAUGCAUCAGGUCCUCAACAGUUGACGCUUGUCUUUGUGGAGACGAAAAAGGGUGCUGACGCCCUCGAGAUGUUUCUUGCAAAGGAUGGCUACUACUGCACCUCCAUCCAUGGUGACCGCUCCCAGCGUGAGCGAGAGGAGGCCUUGCGCACCUUCCGUUGUGGAGAUACCCCCAUCCUGGUUGCUACUGCUGUGGCUGCUCGUGGAUUGGAUAUCCCAAAUGUCAAACAUGUAAUCAAUUUUGACCUGCCCACUGACAUUGAGGAGUAUGUCCAUCGUAUUGGCCGUACUGGGCGUGUCGGACACACAGGUCUUGCCACCUCCUUCUUCAACCACAAGAACAAGAACGUGGCCAAAGAACUGAUGGACAUCCUGGAAGAGAGCAAGCAGGAGAUCCCCAGUUGGCUUGAGUCCAUGGCGUAUGAGGCUUCCUCUGGCUCUAGGAACAGGGGCAGAAGGCAUGGGGGAGGGGGAGGAGCAUUCUCGUCCCGCGAUUACCGUCAGCACCGAGGUGGCAGCAGUGGAGGGGGUAUGCAUGGAGGAGGUGGAGGGUAUGGUAACUAUGGUGGCUACGGAGGCUAUGGAGGCAACCCCCAAGGUGGCUACGGCUUUGCUGGCUAUGGCGGCCAGUAUGGAGGUCCUCGUGGUGGUGGCAGCGGUGGUCAGGACUGGUGGAACUAGCCAGGCUGGUCAAAUUUUUCUUCGUUAUUGUUUAAGUUUGGACUUGGCAGAUUCUGGCAUCAAAUUUGACUGCCUGGCAGUUUGUGGAAGCCUGCAUUAGAGUUGCAUCCCUGUUGUGUUCCCAAGCAGAUGCAAGUGCUGCACACUACAUUGUGCAUCUAGGAAGUUACGGUUUGUUGGAGAAAAGGGAGAAAGAGAGGAAAGAGAAUGAUCUUUCUUGAAACCUUCAGUCAAGUUCUAAAUUUUGGAAGAUGUGUUUGUGGCUUCAUGCUGACUGAUAAGAAAACAGCAUCCCCCUGGCUAAGCAGCACGAUCGGAGUGUUGCUGGCCAAUGUCUCCAUUUCUCAAGCGAAAGGCUCAAGUACAAGUUAUAGUAGCUAGGUAGUUUUCCAGACAUUAAAUUGGACAUUACAAACCAGUGCAUGUGUGCGUGUGACCACAGUGUUAUUUAUUAUAGGUGGUUUUUAAAAAAAGUAAAGUCGUCACUUGUAUGACUUUCAUUAGCUUUGACAAGCUACCUUGCCAGAGCUGACAAAAUAUUUAUUUUAUAAUAAAAGAUAUGAUAAAUAGAAAAUGCUGAAGGAAAAUUAAUAAUACAAAAGUAUUACUCUUGCAAUGUAGCAAUAUCCUUCAAGAUUCUAAAGGUUCCAAUUAGAAAUAGGCUACGAGAAAUUAGAUGAAAUAGAAACUUAAUGUUUAUAUCAAUAUUCUUAUACAUUAUUUGUGGUAAUCUCACAUGGAGCCGUCCUAUAAUAUUGUCCACAUGUGCACAAGCCCCUCAUGUCGUGGAAGUCAUAAUGGAAACUAUGGCAGAGAGCGCAAUAUCAUACAAUCAGGCAAACUUGUGUCUGAGGAAGAUUUUCUUUUGUUUAAAAUUAGUGUUUUUAAAGUUCCAGUUCUUCCUGGGAACCAGAGCCUCUGCCAUGACACUGUCAGCCAUUUGUGGCCAAAGGGUGUUGUCCUGGUAGAGACCUGGUGCCCAGGUUAAGUCAGUUUUAGUUCUGGAGUAAGUUAAAAUUUAAAGAGCACAAUCUUCUAUAAGUGACAACAAGUUGCUUGUUACAUUGCUACAUUUAGUGCUCAAUACAAAACUUAGCAAGUUGCAUUGGUUUUGAGGAUCUUUUUAGUCAAGAUUGGUCCUUGGAUAUUUUCAAAGAAAGUGGUUCCUAGACUAGGAUUACAUUAUUUUGAUUUGUGCUAUUUUCAAAGUCAUUCCUGAGAUUAUAGCACAAAACAAAUAGUUGAUGUCUGACAUACACCAACUUGAGUACAAAAAAUAUGAUAGACCAUUUGAAGUGAUAAUAUAACAAAUUUAUAUAUAGCUUGUACAGGGUAACAAUUCCUAGUUAGUGCAACGGUUUUAUAAGCAUGUUCACGCCUGCCUUCAAGGUAGCAGGCCAGUGAAUUGAGAUUGUGUUCCCACGAUUGCCCGUCACCUUUUCUAGUGGCUAGAACAAGGCAGUUGUCUUGUAUCCAUUUGAUGUCAGAUGCCAAUCAAUAAAGUCUGAUUAUGUUA